AACUCAUCUGCUGUGUGAUCCCUCUAAAAAAUCGCCCCACCAGUCAGCGCCUUGUAACGUGCGAGGCUGCGUGCACUCCCCUCACUUUCCUCCUCGGCUCUCCUUCCUCUCCGCUUGCGCAAUGUAUUAGCGAAGAAACCGUAAAGUGUUAAAUGUUUGAAAUACAAAACCGCCGAAUUUCACAUGCUGAAAAAGGACUCCGCUACUCGUGCGCGCGGCACUGGUGUGUCUGUGCAAUAGACUCUGCAAAGACAAACUCCUCUCACACGCCUGCAAGUCCGCGGCUGCAAAAAAAGGACGCUGUAAAGCCUCAUUUUUCACUUUCAAGACAAACGCUUAAAAAAUCAAACUGGCUCACGCUCUUCCCAACCAGCCCAGUUUGACAGCUGCUCUUCACCCCACUUGGAGGACUGUCAGCAGCAAGAGGAUGGCAUCAGAGCUGGCAAUGAGCAACUCCGACCUGCCCACCAGUCCCCUGGCCAUGGAAUAUGUUAAUGACUUCGAUCUGAUGAAGUUUGAAGUGAAAAAGGAGCCGGUGGAGCCCGAUCGCAACAUCAGCCAGUGCAGUCGCCUUAUCGCCGGGGGAUCCUUGUCUUCCACCCCGAUGAGCACGCCGUGCAGCUCGGUGCCCCCUUCCCCAAGCUUCUCGGCGCCCAGUCCGGGCUCGGGGAGCGAGCAGAAGACACACAUAGAGGAUUUCUACUGGAUGUCCGGUUAUCAACAGCAGUUGAAUCCAGAGGCGCUGGGCUUCAGCCCCGAAGACGCAGUCGAGGCGCUGAUCAACAGCAGUCACCAGCUACAGUCUUUCGAUGGCUACGCCAGGGGACAGCAGUUUGCUGGAGCAGCCGGAGCAGCAGGCACCAUGGCCGGGGAAGAGAUGGGCUCCGCCGCGGCGGUGGUGUCGGCAGUCAUCGCUGCGGCAGCCGCGCAGAACGGAGGGCAGCACCACCACCACCACCAUCACCACCACAGCAGCAGCCACCACCAGGCGCCCGGCGUCCAGUCCAACGGCACUUCUGGGACAAUUCACCAACACAUGCGCUUGGAUGACCGGUUUUCGGACGAGCAGCUGGUCACCAUGUCAGUGCGGGAGCUCAACCGGCAGCUACGGGGGGUCAGCAAGGAAGAAGUGAUCAGAUUGAAACAGAAGAGGAGGACCCUAAAGAACAGAGGCUACGCGCAAUCCUGCCGGUUCAAGCGGGUCCAGCAGCGGCACGUCCUGGAGGGGGAGAAGACGCAACUCAUCCAGCAGGUCGAUCACCUAAAGCAGGAGAUCUCCAGGCUGGUCCGAGAGAGGGACGCGUACAAAGAAAAGUAUGAGAAGCUCAUCAGCAACGGCUUCAGAGAAAAUGGAUCCAGCAGUGACAACAACCCUUCAUCCCCGGAGUUUUUCAUGUCAUCGAGAAAAUUCCUCCAUCUGUGAUUUCAAGCCCCCAAUCCUCCGUGCCCUUGGCCCUCUGAGAUAACCCAACGACUGAGCAGCAAUGACGUCAGAGCGGCCGAACCAAUCGCACGAAGACACCUACGAAGCACAACAUUCAAAAAUGACUUCACUGAAGAACAAAAGACAAGACCUGCUGAAAUCCCUCAAAAUCCCGACAGUGAAAUUCUUGAAAGCCUCUUACUACUCCUGAUUCCCUCCCUAAUAUUUUACCUCCAGCUUUUUUAUACGAAACAUGAAAAAAGAAGAAAAAAAAACAACAACAGACAGACUCAUACACAUGAGAUGGUUGACAAUGUCAGAUAAAUACACUGGAAGGACUAUUUUCUCUUUGGUGGGAGGAUCAUUGAUGCAUGCCUCUGUAAAUAGAUCAUAAUAAAAACCCUAUUCUUAUUCCUAAUAUAGGAAACAUACCAAGUCUCACCAACUUCGUAAACCUUCAUGACUGUGGAUAGAGUACUCAUGGUUCAAUAUUUUCCAUAUAAAGUCAAUAUUCUUCUUACCUCCUCAGAGAUCAUGUAAUUAUCAUUUCCAAUAUAAUUUCUUUACUCUUUGGAGUUAUUUGGACUGUAAAAAAAUUGUACUUCCUAUUCUUCUUAAUCUCUUUACAUAACGGCGUAGUCUUCCUCUCCAAUAUCCACACUAGUACAUGUAAAUAGAGACGAAUGAAGACAACAGCAUGGAACAGGCUAUAGUGUAUAUUUACCACUCCCCUAGUAGAUCACAAAUCUCAAUACGUGGAUAUUUCAGACAACCUUUUUAAAAGUUUAAAAAUACUUGUUUUAUGAUAGUUAAAGACAUAGUCCCGGGUAUCUGGACACUUUUCCUAUGUAUUUAAAUAGAUGCAUAAAGGCAUUAGCAAUAGGUAAUGUUAUUAUUUGACGACCUUACAAGGAUUAUAAGGCAGUGAGUCCUUUGGUAUCAUCAAUCAGUUCCAUCAGGAAUCAAACUGGGCAGAAACGCAUGUGAUCUACCAAAGCCAGGAGUCUACCUUGGCACUACUAAAUCUAAUUUUUAACAUGUCAUAUAUUAUUUUGUAUACCUAUUUAUUCUUUUCCAUUGCAAUAAUUGCCCUCUCCCUCCCCAUGUGUGGGUUGUGACUGCUGUAGCGAAGCUGCUGUCAGCCUGAGAGGGCCACUUUUUCCAAUCCUGAGCCUACACAUGAGGGAAAAACAACACCUCACUCAUUGCUACGCAGACAUGAGGACUCUGACCUCUGUCUUAUACGGACUAUGAAGAAAAACCAAAAUGGACUGACAGAUAACACGCCAAGCCAAUGAAGAGACAACCUCAAAGGUUAUCCCGUCAGUGGUGAAAACAGAAAACCUUUGCAUGGACGACAAGGAAAACACUAGGGUUGCUGAACACCUCAUCUCCACCAUCGUGCAUCCUCUACCUCUCAGUAUGUGCUGUGCAUCUAGGAAACCAUGACUUAUCAGUGACCCCUCUCCUGUCCCCGCAGUCCACUCUUCCACUGCAUGUCCCCAGAGCCUCGUGAGGAAAGUGUCCAGUCUACUGAUGGAUGCACAUGGCGAUGGGGAAAAGAAAAACAAACACUGGUUCACUUUGACCCGAACACACUCACGCAUACAAGCGCAUGCACACAGAUGCACAAUCAUACACGGCGCCACUCAAAUAUGUUGCUGUAUAUAUGUACAGUAUAUCCACUAUGUAUAGUCUCAGAUGCUGUACUCUGCAUGUUGACUUGUAGAUGGAACGUGACCAUUACUCAUAGAAGAGGUUGUGCAGGUAGGCCUAGUCACUGGAUUGACUCUCCUUAGCCAAUGCAAGCUCUUUGUCAGCUUCACAUCUUACUUUGAUUUGAGAAAAUGUAUGGCAACAUGACAGAAAUUGUUUUACCGCUUCCCCCUUGCUAUUGUGGAAGGUCCUCUUCAACCAAACAGCAGCGCUGAGAGGUUUUAAAAUUCUUUGAGGGGACGCAUAACCUCGCCUUUGAUGUCAAACAGAACCUGGCCACAGUGAGCGUGGGUAGGCGAAGAGAGGAGGGAAGGCAAACUGGGGCGCUCCAAUUAAGUGGCAGCACACAAAGUGGCACGGGGCAUCCUGCCAGCAACUGUCUAUUCAUCCUAUGUCAAAGGGAUUUGCACAUCUCAAUGAGUCUACGCACUGCCAGAGAAGUCCGAGAGCAGAGCAGAGAAAGGCUGUGAGGUGCGGGAGAAAGGACGGGGAAGGGAAAGGGACUAUUUUGACAAAAAUUUCAAGUGGCACAGAGCCUAUGUUCUAGUAUCCUCCUUGAUCUGUCCACCUAUAGAAUAUUCUUUUCUGACCGACAGCCACCUUGGAGAGUUCACUAACCCCUCGACCUUAAACUGUUAGACCGUCAUGCGGCUCUCCGGGCUGUCAUGACCUCACGUCCUGUCUGAGGUUAACUUUGUGUUAAUGAGCAUGGCGCUCAGCUCAACCAGAUGUUCAGCCCUGUGGUUAAAUACUUGUUACCCUUCUAUCCCAAUGGUUCUUCGAUGCCUGCCCACAACAGCUGUACUGUUUCACCGACACAGCUCUACUAACAACUUCAUGUUAAGUCGUGACAAAUUAGAUUAAAACUACGGAUAGCAGGUGUGUGUUCUUUUUCACCAAACUGCUCACAAUCUAGUCAAUACACCCUGUCAAGAAAAAAAGAUCUAGCAGAAUACAGGUGUGGUGUAUUACUUAUUUGUAUGCCCUGUUGUGCAGCCAAUUUAUAUGAAGAAAUCUUCUUAAUUCCAAUACUGUCAGAGCACACUGAAUCACAUGAGGGUAUUUACAGUCAACAUGUAAACAAACUUGAAAUUAGGACUUAUGACUUAGCAGUGAUUAGUUAAAGCAGAUUUAAAAAUACAGGAAGGAUGAAGAUGUCACUCAAACACGAGACGUUGUAUGUGGUAGGAAACAAGACAUUGAGCAAGUGCUGAUCUUCUCUGAGCCUCAAGCCCUUCCACUUUCUUAGAAGUCAAACAAAGCUCCGUUUCUGCGCAGCUGCAGGCAAUGUGUGACAGGUUGAUUUGUUUUUCUCUGCUUCUGAAUGCAGGUGCUGCUGUGUUGUUCUGCCCACAUCGUCAGGUGACGUGCGCACGUUUAUUUGGCAAUGACCCUGACCGGGGUCGGCGCAUGUGCGUAAACAUGCAGAGAUGAACAUGUUCAUAGACAGAAGGUGUGAAAGUGCACACAGAGGCGUAGAGGCACAUCCUUGGUCUUUUUCUCUCUCUCACACACACAUACACACCAUGCUAAUCUAAACAGCAAGGCUGUAUGUAAACAGAUCGUCGACAUAAUGGGAUUGUUCAGUGUGCAAACAAUAAGCUGUUAGCGUAAUCACAGGUCAAAGAUAUAUUACCCAGAGGGCCACGCUGUAGGUAUAUUAACAUGAUGGAUAUGUGGGAGAGGAGGGGGGCAGGGAUACGAAAGAUAUAGAGCGCUACUGACUCAGAUUUACCCCCUGUUGGGCCCCGUCCGCUGCCUUUCUCUCCUCCACCUCCCCCGUAUGGGCCUCACUUAAUCAGCCUUCCUCAUUCUCUUCUCACUUCUUCCCCCCCAGUCACCCUCCUCCUCCUUAGGUUUAUACCUUUCUUUGCUGUGUCUCCUUUCUAAUACCUCACCUCUGUCCUUUUCUAUCUUCAUUUCCUUCAUCCUCCUCCCAUUUCCCUCUUGUUCUGGAUAGAUAUCAUCUGUUUCAGUGAAGCAGUCCAUCUAUCUCUGUGGUGAGUGAUAGCAGGAUAAAGAUUGUGGAGGUGCCACAAUUUUGUUUUUGGAUUAAGCAAAGGAGGGACUGAGUGAGCAAAAGAGCAUGGAUGAGACAGAAAGACAGCAUAUAUGUUUGUAUUUCUAUGACCAGUGUUAUAAAUAGAACAGCUACAUAGUUGAUAGAGACGAAUCUUCACACCCAUGCCCUAUUAUCUCCACUUAACCAUGCUGAAAGUACCGUGCUCGUGUAUCUCAAUGAGUAGCAGCAUACAAGUGCCAUGUCCGUCAAGAUAAAUCCUGUGUAGCUUACUCCAUUGCACAUACAGCUUAUUAACUUAUCUCCGCUUUAUUUGAUUACCAUCUAGCCCAUUCUCUCAGCUGGUUAAUAAGUCUAUGUCCUCCUGACUAAACACUCCAUUAGUGUCAUCACCGGCAAGCUUGUGUGUGUGUGUACUGCAUACGUCUGUGGACCACUGAGGCAGAUACACAUUGGGGCCAAGUGACAGAGUAAACACAGAGGCAGAACAGUGGGGAGAAAAACAACCUGGAAGACAGACAGUAGGUGCAAAGGUGGCCAGUCUGAUGACGGCGGUAACAGCCAAGACCCUCACUGACGUUUGGCUAAAAGCUUUUGUAUGGGCAAACCAUAUGAAAUACAACAGAGCAGUGGAGAUGAGUCAAGAUGAUUACAGAGAUACAGUGUGUUAAUAUUUGAAACAGAUAUUGACUUCCUUGUAAGAAUGUGACUUUGACAAGUUGAAAUGCUAGUAACAUUUUGGAUAGUCAAAAAGCUACAAUAGAUUCAAACCACAUUGAAUAAAAGAGUUGCAAAGAGGAAGGAGCUGUUUGAAAGUCAUAUUCAUUUUAGCUUACAGAAAUUCCCCACAAAAAUUCUGUCAUGUGCACUGCUAAUGGGGCUUAAGCUGAAGUUAACACUAUUGAGAGAACUGAAAUUUUAAUCUAAUCAUUCUUAUAUUCAUCCACUUUUGGAUUAUGGUUCAAUUUUGAGUGAAUUCAGAAACUAUUACGCCAUGUUUGUUAUCAACUGCUAAGACAAAGGGUUUUGACUUCCCGAACACUCAAGGCUCAUGGGUAUGAUCGUACUGAUAGCCGUCCAUCUCGCCAGAAAGGAGGACAAAACAUGAUUUGUUAGACUCAAAAGUUGAAACAAUUAAUCUGUUGGCCCUAAAACAAAUUUGUGUUUCUACCUUGAGGAUAUUGUAGGGCUGGGCGAAAUGGUCAAACAUGUUAUCCCAAUAAAAAUUAUUAUUAUUCAUUAUUUCUCUAAGGUUUAACCCUUUGAAAUCCACGCAAAUUGGCUUUCUUUCUGUUGAAAACACAGGAAGAAGGCAAUGAGCAAUGACAGAAGAAAUGACCCAAAAAAUUAGCAAGAAAUUAGUAGAAAAAGAAAAUUAAAAACAGUUAAAAAAAGAAAGAAAGAAAGUUAAAAACAAACAAAUAUGGAAAUGACUUGGAAAGAGUGCUUAGUAAUAAUAAUAAUUCUGUAUCAUAAUUUUAAAAAGUAAUAAUAAAAAUAAUUGUAAAUAGUUUUUCCUUAGCUUUUUUCCCUAUUUUUUUAAUAUAAUUUUCAAAAUCUAUUAUUUUUUUGCAAUUUGUGGUAGAGUUCUUACCAAGUUGCUCACUGUCUUUUUCCCCCCAUGUUUUUGAAAGAAAUCUCAUCAAUUUGCUCAGGGUUCAAAGGUUUAAAUACUUGCAAAAGGCAUCUGAAAGCAGCACAAGAAAGGUGAGGUUGCUCCAGGUUUUAAAGGGUUAAAGGCAGAUUUUUGUUCCUGAGUGAAAGUUGAAGAAACCAAUCAGCUUAUUGUGGUUUAAGCUAUUCUUUACUGUCAGGAUGUAACAAGCAUUUGCUUAACUGUGAAACAUUUCAUAAAUCUGAGGUAGAUUUAAAAUCAUUCUAAUCAAAAUAUCAGCAUCAAAAACCCUUUGUACAGAUUUUACAAUUUUAGCUGAUAAUGUAAACCAAAAAAUAAAAUAAAAGUGUCAACUGUGGUCUUUUUUUCUGUACAGGUUUUAAACCCCCCAGUAUCUAACUUCUGCCAUUUCUCUGUCAAAACAAAACCAAAAGAUGGAUGUUGAUGACGUAACAACCACCACUGCCGAUUAAAAUAUACCUGACAUGACUCGGGGCAGAAAUCAUAUUCACAGACAAGGAAGUGUAUUCAAGUUUUAUCCACAUUACCUUUAGUCACACUUUUUCAUAUUAUGUGAUUCUACUGAAAUAGCCGCAACUAACAUUACAUUAACUUGCAUUCAAUGAGUCGACUACCUAUACAGCUACUGUGGCCAAUGUUAUGUUACAAAUUCAUUUGUGGGAUAGACCAGUGCCAUUAUUUGUGGCCAAAACUAUCACACUAAAAAUGACUUCAUGAGUGUGUUGAAUGUUAUUGUAACAUUAUUUUGUUAUCAUUCACACUGGCUUGUUAUUGGUCACUGAUCUCUUCAAGUUUUAGGUGUAUUAGCACCCAACUCUUCCAGUGUAUGGGUGGUUUGAUUAUAUUGAACAUUUAUGAAAUAUUUGUCAUAAAUUGUAAAAAAAAAAAAAAAUUGUAUUGAAAAAUGUAUUGUCAUUGUUUUAUCGCACAGCCCUAGAAUAUUGUUAAAGGAAAAUUCUAAAUACAUAAUGGGGAAAAAAUACUUAGAAACCAACAGCUCUGCCCACUUUCCGACUCUGUAAUAUAGAAACAUGCAGAGGCACACGCUUCCAUGCUCUUUUCCUCUCUCUCUCUCUCUCUCUCUCUCUCUAACACACACAUGCAUGCCCACACACACAGACACACUCCUGUUACUGUGUGUGUCUGUGUCUGGUCGGGUGUCAUGAUUAACAGUGACCUCGCCUCAGACGUGGUUGGAGUAGUGGGAGUGGGGUCAAAGGGGAAAGGAUUACAGUGAGGCAACCCAUGUCAGCUGCCCUGCUUUAAUCUUGACCUCCACAUGGGCCCAAGACUCUUCAAAAAUGACUCACAUGUAUGAGCUCAACGUACCGUCUGUCCACUCUGACAUUACUCACAGCAUAACCGACUUGUUUGGGUAUGUCUGACUUGAAAAUAACUUGUAAAAAUGCGUGAAAUGUAGCAUUUAAAACAGCGUGGAUUUGGCCGCAGAGAUAGAGUGGAUGAGGGUCGUUCUAAUAGCCAGACAGCAGCAAAGACAGAGCAGACCUCCUUAUGUCACAUAGCUAAUGACAGGGAUGAAUAAUACAGACUUUAAAGCCCUUACUCCCACCUCAUUCUGACCUGCGCAUAAGCUCGUGCUCGGGGUGAGCAGUUAGCCAUCAAGCCCCUCACUGAGAUGAGAUGGGCUCCCAAGAAGAUUUGUGGUGGGGUCAGAGAGAGAAUCGGAUUAACCAAAAUGCCUUGGUUGGUGUGUAUGCUCUGGGCUGGCCUCAGCGUAAUACCAUUGAUAAAUGCUGUAAACCAAAUCUUUAGCAUCUGAUUAGGUAAUGGAGGAAAACACAUCUCUUUAGUAGCCAUUAGCUGUGGUGAAACAGCCCAAAUGUUCACGUAAGUGUUGUACGUGAAAAACACAAACAGAACAACUUUGUCAUAAGCAGUAGGGACUCUUACAAAUACCCAAGUUGCCACUAUAGCAAUAAAUAAAUAAAUAGGGAAGUAAUAAAUUGCCAGAAGCUGUGGACAGGUGGCAUUUCAGCCUGCACCGUUUAGCUGUGCAGUCUGGUUUCUGACAGCUUGAUUUAGUCUCCUGCACCUGAGCCAGAAAACAGAGAAAAUUAACGGCAGGAAAAACAGCUUAACUAGAUUCCAAUUUGCCUGCUUUGAAACACAAUUGAUGAAGCUAAUGUAUAUGGAAAACACAGAAUGGACUUUCUGGUAGCCGUAGCGAGCUUAUUGUGAUCGUGCAAAAAGGCUGUGUGCACUCGUUCAGGGUCAGGCACACAUGGGGAAGUGAGAAAGGCAAUAGCAUUGAUUUGAUUUACCCUUACUCUGCCAUCUGAGCCUGGUGAUGCUUUGGGGGGACAUUAGGGUUUGUCUUUAGGGUGUAAAAUGGAGAUUAAAGUGGCUCAAGGGGAGAUGCUAGGAGGCAUGCUGUUCCCCCUGCUGUGAACAGGGUGUAAUCCUUCAGUUUCAGAGAAGUGAAAAGUUUGUAGAGUCCAGAAAGUUACACAUACAUCCCUUCUGGGCCCCCUACGGAGCAGAGAGUGCGAGCCAGCAGGGGAUAACCAUAUGCUAUCAAAGUGUUCUUCAAAGCUCCCAUCUUUUGUCCACUAAAUUAUACAGUAUCAUCACAUAUACCUGACAAAAACAGAAGAAAAAAUAAUCAUGCCGCUCAACACACUGACAGAAAAAAAAGCGGAGGGGGAGGGGGGCAUUUUUUAAUUUAUUUUCCAGAAUGACUUUGUUUAAACUUUGCUGAAACAGUAGCCACGUCUGCACGGCGCGGGUCAGCUCAUGAUUUCGUAUUUACAUGCUUUUAAAAUACUGCUGCCGGUGGACAAUUAAAAAUUUAUGAUUCCUAUCACAAUGAACCCCUUCUCUGUUACCAGAGGUUAAUUUGUGCUAGCCCCUCAUUUCAAUUGUACUGUAGUAAAUGUCCACAUUAUUUCCCACAUGGGCCUGGAUGAGGGGUUUGAUUAUCCAAAGGUAGGCCUUGGUUGGCUCUGUUAUUGUCAGAGGGGUCGUAAGCUGCAGUAACGGCUUCUAGGGUCUUAUUGCUAUGGCGAUCAGCCCCUUGCCACUUGGCCUCCAUGACCCCAGUCAGAGAUAAGCUUUAUGGGAAAGCACAUUAACAUGCUCCUGCAGUCACCUCCCUCCUUUAUCAAAGGUAGUUCUGUGAAAUCAAGUGUUUAUGGACCCCCAGUGAGGGUAUAGUGCUGCUGAUUGCCUGUAUUAGAGGUUGAGUGUAAAUGAGCUGGAGGUGGACAAAGGACCUGUAGUAGUGGGGAGAAUUAAGGAUGCCAUACUGAUGUUAUUCUCGCUAAAUGAGCAAUAUCUUUAAUGACUGCAACACCCAUGAGCUGGGUUACAAAUGCCGUCUGCAGUCUAAAUAUAUCUACGUCUUCCAUUCUUUCUACCAACACUGACACGAGCAGAACAUAAGAGGUGUACAAUGUGCAUAUAGAUAUGAUGUAGCAUUGCAUUUUAGAGUUAUUUAUUCUGUUAGCUCUACUGUGUACUGUCGGUUAAUUCCUUUACUGUCUUCCUCUUUGUGUUACACUGAUCUUGUGAGCUAAGUUGUCCGAUAGUUUUUUAUUUUCUUGCACAUUACAUUGGGAUUUUCCUGUAGCUAUGAAUGACACUAGGAUUUAAAAAACAAAUACAGAGAUGUCAGUAGUGUGCGCCUGUUUACAGCCUGAUCACUGGUGAAAGAUCCUUUCAGUAUGUCUGCAAUGAUGGAUGGUGAUAGCCCGGUGUCUUUGUACACAUCAGGGGGCCCUACUGUUGUCACUGGACAGAUAGAGGGAGCGAGAAAAGAGAAAGAUGUAGCCGCAGCUUAAUGUCCUUCUCCAGUGCUGUGCAUGCUCUUUCCUAUUUGCUUUUCCCUUCACGGCACGGUUAACAUCGUAAAUUAACCUUUCCAAGCCCCCUGUGCUCAGAGACUGGUGCGCAAUACAGACAAAGGAAAAAAAAAUAGAUCUGUGUUAUGCAAUGCAGUCGCACUGGUCAGAGACGUAGCCUGUUACCAAAUUGAGCUAUUCCUUUUUUCAGCGAUAGGGAAUAAAACAACAACACUUUGUUCAGUCAAGCAGACAUUCUAUUUUAUGUGCAUGUCCUGUGUACUCUGCAAAUCGGUAUGAGGCUGCUUUUUGUUCUCCAUCCUAGAAAUGUAAAUGGAAUACAUGAAAGAAAAAAGUGUAUUGUAGAUCCUUCUCUUCUUAGUUUCGAGUCUGUAAAUAGGAUGUAAAUACCAAACAGCUAUGCAUGCUAAUAUACAAGCAAUUUGUUCAGGUACUUUUGUAAUCCAGACUUCUCAUAUGGCAUGUAACGACGAAAAAAAAUCCGACGUGGAAAAACAUAAUAAAUUGUGAACAUGGAUAUGGUUUGUAAACAACUUCAAAACUGGAAAAUAUAUGUCUUUGCUGUUAAUGUUUUCUUACUGAUAACUAAUGCAUUGGCCUGCCAUUUACUACAGUGCUCUGCUCAUGUUACUUGUUAUCUUUUUUAUGUUUCCUAAGGUAGGGCCGAGGCAAAAGGACCAUAAAUCACUGGUUUGUGGAAUAGUCGGGUUGGGAAAUAAGACGACGAGGGGAAAGGAUGGUAGUCUGACCAUACUCUUUGUAGUUUUUUCAUUGCCACUGCACGUUCACACGCAUACACUUAAUAAUUAAUUACAUAUCCUUAGUGUCUAACACAGACAAUAAAAUGCCAUGGCAAAACUGUUGCUUAAAAGCAGUGGAAAAUGGGCUGCCAUUUGAGUUAUCUCACUGAAAACUACGUAUCACCAGCUUUAAAGUGUGCCGUUAUUUUAAAACGGCACACGUUUGUUUCUGAUAAAUAACGCAAAAACCAUUGAACGAACUAUGAAGCUGGUAUGACAAGCGAUUUUGACUCGUUCCAAAUUCUCCAAAUUAUGAUUUCCAAGGGAAAGACAUUUUGAAAAAGUUUUUUUUUUCCUCAUUUCUAAUACUAAGUCGAGUAAAAAUGACGAUUAUCUAUAUGCCAAAUUUGCCUCUGCCCUAGCAACUCUAAUGUGGCAUUUUAUGAACAUAGCGAUGGAGGAACUGUGGAGAAAUCUUUUUGGGUUUCUAAGAGUGUUUAUUUUCAACCAUGUUACAACCAUGUUAAAUCCCAAGGCGCUCAUGGUAGAUGGAAGUGUCUAAUUUUUAACCUGUGCUAAAGAUAUUUUAAAUUUAAUAAAUAAUUAUUGU